CCUUUGCAGAUAUUGAGUGCGCAUUUCUUCUUUCUCUCUGGAUCCUGCUUUUGGACCCCUCCUCAGCUCCCCAGUAGUGGAUGAGAUAACCGUGGGAAUUUUCUCAAACUUGAAAGGAAAAAUAAAACUUGUUUGCAGCUGUUAGAGCUCAUCAGCCGUGAAGGAGCAGCAAAGUCGUUUCAUUCAGAACAUGACCACUUCAUUGGAGAGGGUUGUGGCUCAGAAGAAGGAGGCCAUCGAGGCAGUGAUGGAUAUGUUUGCGAAGGGGGCCGAGGUGUUGGCCAGCGCUGUGGGUGAGCUCUUCCCCCUGUGUGAGGCCGCCGCCCCGGUUCUCCGCCUGGCCUUAGACAAUGUCCACAGCAAAGAGGUCUUCUACGUUAAAGAGCAGUUCCUGACGGUGAGGAACAAGCUUGACGUGCUCUCCACCCAACUGGAAGACAUUGACAGCGAGAUCAAGAAGGGGAGACUGGAUUCCCAGUACUUCUCAGUGGAGGAGAACAUUAGGAACCAGUUUCGGAAGUAUAUGGACAUCUUGGAGGCAAAACAGCAGUUCCGGGAGGUGAAGACCAGACUUUUUGUGGAGCACUUUGCCAAAACUGGAGGAGAGAAGAACCUGUUUGUGCUGUAUGAUGCUCUGAUGGGAACAAACAGCUUUGGAGAGUCAGUUUUAGAGGUGGUCGAAAGGUAUGUAGUGAGGAACCGUCGUCUCCUUGAAGAUUUCUGUGUCCGGAUGAAGGAGCUCUUCUGUUUGGGCCUGAUUGCUCUGCUGGGCCACUGUGCCUUAACCCAGGGCCAAGAGGAAGAAGAUGACAAAAUCCUAGAGUGGAGCAGCAAAAUUGAAGAAGUUGAGUCCAGGAUGAAGACCACCAUCGAGUCCUGUAUCGCUGCCUUCCCGGAGCAAGCAAAAUUAGAUGCCAAGCACCUCCUGCAAGAGAAAGAAGAAGAGACUCUGCAAGAUACGACUCAGCAGCUUCUUGAGUUCUUGGUGAAGAAGUAUGAUUGGGUUAGCUGGUCAGUGCGGCUAAUCAACCAUUCAGGGAGCACAUACCGGAACUGGCGAGCAGGGGAGCACUUUCACCACGUGGCGGGACAGAACUGGUUCGAGGUGCUGCAGGUAAACAACAUCAACCUGGUGGUGUCGUACAGCACUAAACCGCAGCCGGUGCCUCGCGACUGCAUCCGGCAGGUGAUGGAGGGCCAGGGGAAGAAGGGAAACGCCCCGGUGGUGGUGGAGGUGUUGGAGAAGCAGCUGUGCGGGUUUGUUGUUCACGCCGUAAGUCGCCACAAGGAGUCUGCAGCCGCGUGGAGCUUUCCGGAAGACUGUCACUACUGGGAGAGACACAAGAAUGUGGCAGUGUGUGUGCACUCCGAGUAAAGCUGCUUACAGUAUUAAUCCAGUCUCCCAUGAGAAAUGGCUUCUGUACCUACAGCUCUAAAGAGAUGGUUUUGCUGAGGCUGCAUCUACUGAGCUAUGCUCCCAUUUUGUCUCUGCUCAGCAGGCUGGCCUACAUAACUCUGACGGGGGGACAUAGGCCACUUUUUCAGGCGUGAAAAACAAGAGGCUUGGAGUUUGGCACUGGAGAUGCGACAAUGUGCCUUGUGUUUUAAACACAUUCGAACUCCCCGAACCAAAACAACCAAACCUCAGUGCUUACCAAGUGCUGUGCCUAUAAUUAUGUAAUGGAUCAGCAGUGAUUUCAUCUGUAAGAUUCUUCAUUUGUGCAUUUUAUUUUUGUAACGUUCGGUGAUAAAACUGCUGCGUUGUUUUGCAUUUCCCAGCCAAAUUUGAUGCAUUUUUUAUGACUUAUGUAUGCUUUUCUGUCUAUGUGUGAGGCAUUUUUCUUAGUUACCUCCGCGAAGGAGGUUAUGUUUUCUGAAUAAUCUCAAAAAUUUGUUCCCCGACUGGGAAUAUUCACACUGCAUUAACAUUGUGAGAUAGGGCAUGCCUUAGCAGAGGUGUGGUCUCUCCAAAUGUCCUUCUAGUUUGUUAUGAUAUCCUGCUCAUACUAAACACUCACACUUCCAUUUUGGUUAUUUCAAACAAACCACUGUGACUUUUGCCAGAAACUUUAAAUCAUUUCACUCCCUGUGCUCCAAAGUUCUUCCCCAGGGAAGAGAAAUCUAUCAAGCAUUCUCCUUUAAUCUACUGUCAUGUCCACAACAGCUUCUUUCUUCAAAGAAAUAAAAUCAAUGCAUGAUCAAUGUUCAUCAUACUCUUUAUGCUUUAUGACAAUUAAUGACCAAGUACAAAUAGUUAAUGGAUGUGUAAACAAGUAUAAUCUAAUAUCUGCCUCUCUUUUCUUGUACAAAUGUGAUUUACGCAGCACUGUUCACGUCUGUGCCCAUUAAAACCAGGCAGUGCACCCUCAGCAACAGGCACUCUGACUAAUUUAAUUGAUAUUUACACAUAAGUCAGCAUUUCCUGACCGCAGCUCUGGUUUGAUAGUCUAUGAAUAACCUUUGGCUGAGCUAAUAUUCUGCAGACGAGCAGCAAAGUGCUUGGCUUAGCAGGAUGGUAUCAGUCAUAAUGCUCGGUGUAGGUGCAGAGCGGGUAGAGAUGGCCAUCAUUUCAUAUCUCAGUGGAUCUGGAGGGUCUUAAAUCCAGCCUGUCAGAAUCCAUCAAGUGCUGUCUGUAAUAUGCAACGCAGUGCAGGAGAAGUGCACUGUGUUGAAUCAUCUGAGAGGUUUCUGUGUCUGCGGUGGGAAAUAGCUGCUGGUGGGAAGAUGAGGUUGUUAUGAGAAUAAAAUGUGUCCAUAUAACCAAUUUUAAGCCAAAAUUAUCAAUUUGAUUAUUGAUUGAUAGCCUGGCUCUGUCUAAAGAUAUAAAAUAUGCCUACUAGCACUUUUAAAAGCUCAGCAUAUCAUCAUGAUGCAUUUAGUUUGUUUAUUUUGUACAAAAUGGUUUGAGAAACAACAAAUGGCCAUUUCCCAGACAAGAAAUAGUCUGGCACAAACCCCUCAUAAAACCUCUAAUUGUCCCUUUUACACAUUUCUGUAAAUAUUAAACAAAUUAAAUGUUAAUUGGGGUGCUGAUGGACUGAUUUUUAUUACAUAUGGACAGAGCCAGACUAGCUAAGCUAACCAGCUACUGGUAGUAUAUAGCUUCAUAUUUAGCAUACAGAUAUGAGAGUUUUCUCAUCUUCCUCUCAAUAAGAAAGCAAAUUGCACAAACUAUUGGUGAGCUUAAGCUGUGUUGGCAGGUGUAUUUCUGCUCUGGAUAGAGCUAGGCUAGCUGUUUCCCACUGCUUGCAGUUUUUAUGCUAAGCUAAGCUAAUCAUUUCCUGACUCCAGCGCUGCACUUAACAGACAUUAAAUGGUAUCAAUGUUGUCAUUUAACUCUCUAAAAGAAAGGUCCUCAAAAUGUUGACCUAUUCCUUUUUUUUAAAGGGUGUUUACAUCCAUAGGUGAACAGUGUAGAAAUUGUAACUUUGUUGUAACCCCUCGAACUGUAUUAAAGUUUAACUCUGAUGUGAACAACAUAAAAACAUCCUUAUUUCU